AUGGCUCUGGCGUUCAGCAGUGGGCUCCACUGCUCAAGGACACAAUGCUUCACCUCCAGCAGCUAUGGCCAGGGCCUUAACAGUGGCCAAUGGCCAACAGUAAAGCGUCGCAACAGCUGUCACUCCACAUCUGCAGCUGGACCAGGCUUCCGCCACAGCGGCAGCGGGCACAGCGGCCACGCAGGCGGGCAGGUGGGCGGGCUGGCGGCGGGCGUCUGUGACAGCGACGAAUGCUCGGCUGCCCCGCCACAAUAUCUGUGCGGCUCUCACCUGGUGGAGGCUCUGUAUCUAGUGUGUGGAGAGAGAGGCUUCUUCUACAGUCCUAACAAGAGCAAGCGGGACCUGCAGACUCUUCUUGUUUUCCUCUCCAAGUCGUCAGUCCCGGGGAGACUGAGGAUUCCAUCAAAUAACAUCCACGGCGAGUUGAGGAGGAGGAGAGGCAUCGUGGAGCAGUGUUGCCACCAGCCGUGUAGCAUCUACCACCUUCAGGAGUACUGCAACUGA